CUGGCCGGCGCGGUCCGGCCGGCCGCGGACCAGCCCCGCGCGUAAGCGGCCGGAAGAGGCGGGGGCCGAAGCUGCUUGGGUCGCCUUCGGCCUCCUGGCCGCGCCUGGUGCGCCUGCGCCGUACGAGCCGGUCCCAGGUGGGGAGGCGGGGCUGGGACGGCCGGCUGUCAGGAAAGAGACCAGAGAGGGAGUGGACUCGGGUCCUGGAGAGAGGACGGAGAGGAUCUGAAAAGGCAGGCAGGAGCGCGGCUGAGCCCGGGGCACGGGAAUCUCCCAGAGAGGGCUGUGUUAGAGGAGGUUGGGCAAGGAACACGGGGUUGCUGGAGGAAGUGCCCAAGUUCACAUCAUGUGCCUAAUAAACAAGUCGGAGACCUCCGGUCGCUUAAGCUACUUAAUGCUUGCUUCUAUAUUGGGUUUAUUCUUAUUUUUCUUGGAUUUAUAACUUCAGAAAUUAUAGGGGGAGAUAGGAUAAAAUUGAGGCGUAGGGGGGACUAGAAGAUUGCUGCAUGAAAAUAAUUUCUUGUUUUUUACGUACAGCAAGAAAUGCCUAGUUUUAUCAGCUUUCUUUUUGUGUCGUACAUACCCAAUGAGGAGAUAAUAAAGUAGCCAAUUUAAUUCAUCUGUAUAUACAUGGAUAAAGACAUAGAUAUCUUCCUAUCCAUUUUCUUGUCGCUUAAUAGACGAGCAAACAAAGAUAUGUUGAUUAAGGCUGGAAGAUUUCUGCCCCCAAACGACCUCGAUUCGUCUCCAGUUAUUAUGAUUUUGAUCAAAGAGUAAAUGAGGAGAAGGGUGAGGGUUGUUGAUCUCUUGCUCAAGCAGCCGAUUGUUUAUUUGGUAUACAAAUCCAGAAGCCUGACAGGUGUCGGUUAGUGUCCUUGAAAACCUAAGUCAAGCGAUUUGGCUUGUCUAGGUCGGGAAAUGAGUCACGGGGAACGCAAUUAAAAGACAUUUGCCUGAGGUUCGUAUUCUCCGGCAGCCAAGAAAACCAGAUGGAGUCAUGUUACUGCCAGAAGGGCAAGGGAGGUGGAAGAGAAACGUGAGCUCUCCUGGCAUCCAGGGCUGGUUAAGAGCGGCUGCAGAGCAAGCGAACGCAGAGCCACAUUCCACUGUCCCGAGCCCCACAAAAAAAGCAAACCGUCCCCUAAAACUCCAGUACGGUUGGGUGGCAAAGAGCGCCAAGGUGGAAAGGAAGGGCCUGACUGGAAAACGAGGAGAAGCAGAAAUGAAGCCAAGAAAAGACUACAGUGAAAGGAAGGCUAAGCUCUGGGGAAGGUAACAGGCGCCACAGCCUACACCACGUGCUUCCGUUUCAACAACAGGGAAAUCAAAACAAAUCUGCGGGGCCCCGCCCAGCCCGUCACGUGACUCCACGUGAGCGGCGCUUCCCGGGGACCCCGGAAAAGUCCUUCCGGUGGUACUGCCUCAGAACGCGGUUUUGGCACUCGUCGUGUCCCACUCCCACUCCACUUUUGGGUCCGGGCGGAGCCCUUGUUGUGCUAGCCAUGGCUGCAGGCCCGGGGGCGACCUCCGAUACGGGCCCUGCAGCUGGAGCUGGCCAGGAGGCAGGUGAACCUGUCAAACCUUUUACACCAGAGAAAGCAAAAGAAAUUAUAAUGUCUUUAGAACAACCCGCAGUCUUCUGUAACAUGGUUUUUGAUUGGCCAGCGCAACACUGGACUGCUGAACACCUUUCGGAGGUCCUUCCUGGCAAGCGGAUACGAUUCAGGAUGGGACUGAAAAGCACUGAUACAGCUCCUCAGUUUGAAACUGCCUGUAGUUACGCAGAAGCAACACUUGAAGAGUUUCUGACCUGGAACUGUGGCCAACCUUGUAUUUCUGGACCAUUUAGAGAUUAUGAUCAUUCUAAGUUCUGGGCUUAUGCUGACUAUAAAUAUUUUGUCAAUCUGUUUGAAGACAAGACAGAUAUUUUCCAGGAUGUGAUUUGGUCUGACUUCGGAUUUCCUGGAAGAAAUGGACGGGAAAGUACAUUGUGGAUCGGCUCCCUGGGGGCCCAUACACCCUGUCAUCUGGACUCCUACGGUUGCAACUUAGUAUUCCAGGUCCAAGGAAGGAAAAGAUGGCAUCUCUUUCCUCCUGAAGAUACUCCUUUCCUUUAUCCAACUAGAAUCCCUUAUGAAGAAUCUAGCGUGUUCAGCAAAGUCAAUGUUGUCAAUCCUGAUUUAAAACGUUUUCCUCAGUUCCGGAAAGCUCGAAGACAUAUGGUUGCGCUGAGCCCAGGACAGGUUCUCUUUGUUCCCAGACACUGGUGGCAUUAUGUAGAAUCCAUUGAUCCUGUCACUGUCAGUGUAAACUCGUGGAUUGAGCUGGAAGAAGAUCACCAGGCCCGGGUAGAAGAGGCAAUCACACGCACACUUGUAUGUGCCCUGAAAACUGCAGAGGAUCCGCACAACACCAGAGCUUGGUUAAACCCAACCGAGGUAGAGGAAACAUCUCAUGAAGUCAAUUGUCGCUACUUAAAUGGAGCCGUUUCUGCCUUUUUUAAUCAUUACCGAACAUCUAAGGUAAUAGAAAUGCAAGCGCUGAGAACAAAUGGGGAAGAAUUAAAUGUGCACAACCACAUGGAGGUGGGACAAACAGGUCGCCAGAACUUAACCUUGGAAACAGUGAAACAGGAGGCAGCAAGUCCCUUUGGCCCUGAUCUGGUUCCUGUAAUACAGAGUCCUGAAGAAGCUCCCUCAGAAAGAGGAGGCAUAUUUGAAAGUGACGGUAAAGACUUUGUUGGCAAAGAUGGAGAACACUUUGGAAAAUUGCAUAAUACCAAGAGGCAACGAAGGAUGAGUAGAAGUGAGAAUGCAAUUGUGGAACAAGUUGCUUCACAUGGUACUACGGCCCCUUCUCAAACACUCAUUUCUACAGAUGACUUGCUGGACUGCUUGGUGAAUCCACAGGUAACCAGGAUAGUGGCACAACUUUUGAUACAAGGAAGAAAUUUGUGAUUCUAAUAGAAAAUGACUUUUUAAAUAAUAUUUUAAAAUAUCUUUUAAAUAGUAUGAUUUUUAAGUAAAAGAACAGCAGAAGGUCAGUUUGCACAUGCUUGUAAAUGUACAUGUUCUCACCUGGUUAAAUUUCAGCCUCCUGCCACCUUCUUGCAAGCACGUUGCUCUUUGGCCACACUAGCUCUUUGUUAUUUGUAGGCCCUCUUUCCUCACUGCCUUUAUCUUUCCUCUCCCAUCCCAUCCCUGCAGCCUAUCUCAAAUGUAAGCCCCAAGUAUUCUCAACAGGAAGUAGUCUCUCCAUCAGCCUCAAACAGGGGUCAGCCUGCUGCUUGUUUUUGUAAAUAAAGUUUUAUUGGAACGCAGCCA